CUCGCGGAGCACUGUGGGAGCGGCUUCCUUGGAAUCGCGCGUGGCAACGUCCCGGCUGCGCAGCUCUCCGCCGAGUCCCGGAAAGGCCGCUCCGACCCUGCAGCCUUCGCGGUCUCCCUGCUCCCCUCGCCGCGAGGUACAAAUGAUGCAAAAUGUACACCUGGCCCCAGAGACAGAUGAAGAUGAUCUUUAUUCUGGUUAUAAUGACUACAAUCCAACCUAUGAUACCGAGGAAUUGGAGAAUGACACAGCUUUUCAGCAAGCUGUGAGAACUAGUCACGGCAGAAGACCUCCAAUAACUGCUAAAAUACCAAGCACAGCAGUUGCUAGACCUGUAGCUACUGGAUGUGGGUCCAAGACAUCCCUGGCAUCGUCAAUGGGAAGACCAAUGACAGGGGCUAUUCAGGAUGGAGUUACUAGACCCAUGACGGCAGUGAGAGCAGCUGGUUUUACCAAAGCAGCUUUGAGAGGCUCUGCGUUCGACCCCCUCGGUCAGUCGCGGGGCCCUGCACCGCCCCUGGAGGCCAGGAACGAAGACAGUCCAGAAGAAAAGAUAAGACAAUUAGAGAAGAAAGUAAAUGAGUUGGUAGAAGAAAGCUGUAUCGCUAACAGUUGUGGAGACUUAAAAUUGGCCUUAGAAAAGGCAAAAGAUGCAGGAAGAAAAGAGAGAGUCCUGGUGAGACAACGAGAACAAGUUACAAGUCCAGAAAACAUCAAUUUGGAUUUAACUUACUCAGUUCUUUUCAACUUGGCCAGUCAAUAUUCAGCUAAUGAAAUGUAUCCUGAAGCACUAAACACCUAUCAAGUUAUAGUGAAAAAUAAGAUGUUUAGCAAUGCAGGACGGUUGAAAGUGAAUAUGGGAAAUAUUUAUUUAAAGCAAAGAAAUUAUUCCAAAGCCAUUAAAUUCUACCGAAUGGCCUUAGAUCAAAUUCCAAGUGUCCAUAAAGAAAUGAGGAUUAAAAUUAUGCAGAACAUUGGAGUUACAUUUAUUAAAACUGGGCAGUAUUCAGAUGCCAUUAAUUCAUUUGAGCACAUAAUGAGUAUGGCACCAAACCUGAAGGCAGGCUUCAACCUAAUUCUUAGUUACUUUGCUGUUGGAGAUCGAGAAAAAAUGAAGAAGGCAUUCCAAAAACUGAUUGCUGUUCCAUUGGAAGCUGAUGAAGAUGGUAAAUACAUUUCAGCAAAUGAUGACCCACAUACUAAUUUAGUGAUUGAAGCUAUAAAAAAUGAUCAUCUAAGGCAAAUGGAACGUGAAAGCUCUGUACCCACUGAACAACUCCCAUCCCCCUCCCCGAGCUCCUGGCAGCCACCACUCUGCUUUCUGUCUAUGAAUGUGACCUGCUCUAGGGACCUCAUGGAAGUGGAAUCACGGAAAGCCAUGGCAGAAAAAUACAUCAUGACAGCAGCAAAACUCAUUGCUCCUGUAAUUGAAACAUCUUUUGCUGUAGGUUAUGAUUGGUGUGUUGAAGUUGUGAAAGCUUCUCAGUAUGUAGAGCUGGCAAAUGAUCUGGAAAUAAACAAAGCAAUUACGUACCUGAGACAAAAGGACUUUAAUCAAGCUGUAGAGACCUUAAAAAUGUUUGAAAAAAAGGACAGUAGUGUGAAGAGUGCAGCUGCAACCAACCUCUCAUUCCUGUAUUAUUUGGAGAAUGAGUUCGCACAAGCCAGUAGCUAUGCAGAUUUAGCUGUGAACUCUGACAGAUAUAACCCGUCAGCUCUUACUAAUAAAGGGAAUACAGUUUUUGCAAAUGGUGACUAUGAGAAGGCAGCUGAAUUCUAUAAAGAGGCUCUAAGAAAUGAUUCUUCUUGUACUGAAGCACUUUACAAUAUUGGCCUUACCUAUAAGAAGCUAAACCGGCUUGAUGAAGCUUUGGACUGUUUCCUGAAACUUCACGCAAUCCUAAGAAACAGCGCCCAAGUCCUUUACCAGAUAGCAAAUAUAUACGAAUUAAUGGAAGAUCCCAAUCAAGCUAUGGAAUGGUUAAUGCAGCUGAUCAGUGUUGUUCCAACUGACUCCAGAGCUUUGUCGAAACUGGGAGGACUAUAUGACAGUGAGGGGGAUAAAUCCCAAGCAUUCCAGUAUUACUAUGAGUCGUAUAGGUAUUUCCCGUCCAAUAUUGAAGUCAUCGAGUGGCUCGGGGCCUAUUACAUCGACACCCAGUUUUGUGAAAAAGCCAUUCAGUACUUUGAAAGAGCUUCUCUUAUACAGCCCACACAAGUGAAAUGGCAGCUGAUGGUAGCUAGUUGUUUUAGAAGAAGUGGUAACUACCAAAAAGCAUUAGAUACUUACAAAGAUAUUCACAGAAAAUUUCCAGAAAAUGUUGAAUGUCUACGUUUCUUGGUUCGUCUCUGCACAGAUAUUGGAUUAAAAGAAGUUCAAGAAUAUGCAACAAAACUCAAGAGAUUGGAAAAAAUGAAAGAAAUCAGGGAACAGGGUGAGGCUCCCGCGACGCUUUGGUUAAAGGCCGUGGAGUCCCGCCUGCCGGCAUCACCCUGCGCCAGGUCCUUGGGUCACCUGCUCAGGAGACACUUGACACGGACGAGGUGCUCCAGCUUCUCGUCACCUGGCAGGAGAGUGAGACACACACAGGUCGCCUGCUGCCCGUGUGCACUGGAUGGGGUUCGGCCCGUGACCAGGGGUCCGAGUGGUCCCCGGUGGAGGUGUGGCUGGACCUCGGGGCCUGGCGUGGAGACGGGAAGGUGUGAGAGAGGUCUGAGGGCAGGGAGGUGCGGCCACGUUCGUGGGUUCUUUGGAGUUGAAGCUACAAAGAAGCGUCUUAAAUUCUGUUUUCUCUUGAAUUUGAAGUCAGAGCCAAUCUUCUUAAGGAUCCUUAACUAGGUAACAACUGCUCCUUGUUCUAAGACAAAAAUCUACUUCUUACGGAUGGUGGACGGAACCCUGGGCUUUCCUCUCAGUCCCGGCCAGCUCCAGACCUGGUUCUCAUCAGCAAGAUGAGGACAGCGUUGUCGGCUGGCCUUCCCAAGCCGUCCGCGGCGCGCUUAGGUCCGUCCCAGUCUGUCCCCGACAUGGCUAGAAAAUGACCACAUACUUGGAUGUCAGAGACGUCAAAUCGCUGCGGGAGUUUGCAGCCGUCACCCUCGGAUCCUGUGACCGCUGUCCCCCGGGGGCGGGUGACAGUGUGACAGUGUGGGGCUGCGCGGGUCCUGGCGACUCUGACUGACCCCUGCCGGAGAGCAGUGUCGUGUGUUCGCGGCGGGGAGAAGACACUCUCCCAGCACUUCCCUGUUUAAUUUUUCCAUCAUUUUGUUUAUAUCUCCUUUACUCCUCUUCUCUUUGUACCUUCUUCUCUCAUUUUUUCCCCAAAGUGGGAAUGGCAUCUUUUUUUUUUUCAUAUUAUUGAAAAAACAAA